AUGGUUGAUGCAGCCACCCGAAAAUCUCUCAGUUCAAUUCCUCUGCUCACAACUAAAGCAGGACCACGCGACAAGGAGCUGUGGCCCACCCGAGUCAAAGAAGAGUAUAAAGCUCUAAUUGAGUAUGUACAGAAGAACAAAGAUAACGACAAUGACUGGUUCCGACUUGAAUCAAACAGCGACGGAACUAGGUGGUUUGGAAAGUGUUGGUACAUUCACGAGCUGAUCAAAUACGAGUUUGAUAUAGAGUUUGACAUUCCGGUAACAUAUCCCACUACUUCGCCUGAAAUAGCAAUUCCCGAGUUGGAUGGAAAAACGGCCAAAAUGUACCGAGGAGGAAAAAUUUGCACGAGCGACCACUUCAAGCCCCUUUGGGCGCGUAAUGUUGUCAAAUUCGGAAUAGCCCAUGCAAUGGCCCUCGGAUUGGGACCCUGGCUGGCGGUGGAAAUACCCGAUCUGGUGUCCAAAGGCCUGGUUACUGAGAAGGCUCGCUAG